GGUGUGGAGUUUCUAAAGUGGUAUUUCCGUUAGCUUCUCACAUUGAGGGGAUUGCUUCCACUUAGGAAAGACGCUAGCAGAGUGACAGCUGGGGUGGGGGUGAAUAGAAGGAGGUUCCGCAGAAAGGGAGGAGCUGAGCUGCCCUGUUGGGAUUUUGUGUCCUGGAAGGGGGGCGUAUCUGUUUCCUGGGGCUGCUGUGACAAAGUGCCACAAACUAGGUGAGUUGCAACAACAGAGACGUAUUCUCUUAUGGUUCUGGAAGGCAGAAGUCCAAAAUCAAGAUGUCGGCAGGGCCAUGCUCCCUCCGCAGGCUCUACGAGGAUGGAAGGGUCCUUCCUUGUCUCUUCCAGCUUCUGGUGGCUCCAGGCGUUCCUGGACUCAUGGCAGCAUCUUCAUCUGGCCGUCUCUUCUGUGUCUUCUGUCUCUUCUAAGGACACUGGUCAUUGGAUUUAGGGCCCACUCGGAUAAUCCAGGAUGAUCUCCUUUGGAGAUCCUUAACUUAAUGGCUCUACCAAGACCCUGUUGCCAGAGGUCCCGUUCACAGGUUCUGGGGGUUAGGGCGUGGACAUAUCCUUGGGAGGAGGCACCAUUCAACCCACAGCAAAUGGACAGGAAUAUGCUUCUUUCCUUAUUUUAUGGGAAAGUGCUGGGCCCCGAUGUCUUUGCAGGGAAGUCAAGCUCGCCCUUCAUCAGGGCUUGUUCUGCCACUUUCCCCUGGGGACCUGAGAGAAGGAUUUCAGAGUCCCCAGGGGUCUCUGCUGUCCCAGUGUCCCUUGUGCAGCAUUGCAUCGGGGUGACUGUUCCACUCUCUACAUCCAGAUGCUCCUUACUGCAGUUUGGGAAACUGAGGCAGCCACGUGAGUUGGGUACUUAACCUCCUGUUUCCCCUGCUUUGUGGGCCAUCAGCUGCAAUCAUUACAGCUCCCCCACAUCUCCCCUCUGGGAUCCAGAGCUGAAGGAGCGACCUGCAGGGCACAUAAGAAGCCAGAGUGAGGCAAGGGCGGAAUGACACUCAUUGAUUCUAAAGCAUCGCUAAUCUACCAGACAGAAGGUCCUUUGCUUCUGCUCUUUCUUGGACCAUCCCAGGGAGGGCAACUGGCGCCUGAGAGGUAGAACAGGAUGCCCCCCGGGGUUGACUGCCCUAUGGAAUUCUGGACCAAGGAGGAGAACCAGAGCGUGGCGGUUGACUUCUUGCUGCCCACGGGUGUCUAUCUGAACUUCCCUGUGUCCCGCAAUGCCAACCUCAGUACCAUCAAGCAGGUGUUGUGGCACCGCGCCCAGUAUGAGCCCUUCUUCCACAUGCUCAGCGACCCCGAGGCCUAUGUGUUCACCUGCGUCAACCAGACAGCGGAACAGCAGGAGCUGGAGGACGAGCAGCGUCGACUCUGUGACAUCCAACCCUUCCUGCCAGUCCUGCGCCUGGUGGCCCGUGAGGGCGACCGUGUGAAGAAGCUCAUCAAUUCACAGAUCAGCCUUGUCAUCGGCAAAGGCCUCCAUGAGUUCGACUCCUUGCGAGACCCGGAGGUGAACGACUUCCGCACCAAGAUGCGCCAGUUCUGCGAGGAGGCAGCCGCGCACCGGCAGCAGCUGGGCUGGGAGGCCUGGCUGCAGUACAGCUUCCCUCUGCAGCUGGAGCCUGCGGCGCGGGGCUGGGGCACUGGCACCCUGCGCGUCCCCAACCGGGUCCUCCUAGUCAAUGUCAAGUUCGAGGGCAGUGAGGAGAGCUUCACCUUCCAGGUAUCCACCAAGGACAUGCCCCUGGCGCUGAUGGCCUGUGCCCUCCGGAAGAAGGCUACCGUGUUCCGGCAGCCGCUGGUGGAGCGGCCGGAGGACUAUGCGCUGCAGGUGAAUGGGAAGUACGAGUACCUCUACGGCAGCUACCCCCUCUGCCAGUUCCAGUACAUCUGCAGCUGCCUGCACAGCGGGCUGACCCCUCACCUGACCAUGGUGCACUCCUCCUCCAUCUUGGCCAUGCGGGAUGAGCAGAGCAACCCCACGCCCCAGGUCCAGAAGCUGCGCACCAAGCCGCCCCCCAUUCCUGUGAAGAAGCCCUCCUCUGCAUCCCUGUGGUCCCUGGAGCAGCCGUUUUGCAUCGAGCUGAUCCAGGGCAGCAAAGUGAAUGCCGAUGAGCGUAUGAAGCUGGUGGUGCAGGCUGGGCUCUUCCACGGCAACGAGAUGCUGUGCAAAAUGGUGUCCAGCUCAGAGGUGAGCGUGUGCUCAGGGCCCGUGUGGAACCAGCGGCUGGAGUUCGACAUCAACAUCUGUGACCUGCCCCGAAUGGCCCGGCUCUGCCUCGCGCUUUACGCUGUGAUUGAGAAGGCCAAGAAGGCUCGCUCCACCAAGAAGAAGUCCAAGAAGGCGGACUGCCCCAUCGCCUGGGCCAACCUCAUGCUGUUUGACUAUAAGGACCAGCUCAAGACCGGGGAGCAGUGCCUCUACAUGUGGCCCUUUGUCCCAGACGAGAAAGGGGAGCUGCUGAACCCCACAGGGACUGUGCGGAGUAAUCCUAACACAGAGAGUGCCGCUGCCCUGGUCAUCUGCCUCCCCGAGGUGGCCCCUCAUCCCGUGUACUACCCUGCCCUGGAGAAGAUCCUGGAGCUGGGGCGGCACGGGGAGCACGGGCGCUUCACCGAGGAGGAGCAGCUGCAGUUGCGGGAAAUCCUGGAGCGGCGCGGCUCGGGGGAGCUGUACGAGCACGAGAAGGACCUGGUGUGGAAGAUGCGCCAUGAGGUCCAGGAGUACUUCCCUGAGGCUCUGGCCCGGCUGCUGCUGGUCACUAAGUGGAACAAGCACGAGGACGUGGCCCAGAUGCUCUGCCUGCUGUGUUCAUGGCCCGAGCUGCCCGUCCUGAGUGCCCUGGAGCUGCUGGACUUCAGUUUCCCGGACCGCCACGUGGGCUCCUUUGCCAUCAAGUCCCUGCGCAAGCUGACGGACGAUGAGCUUUUCCAGUACCUGCUGCAGCUGGUGCAGGUACUCAAGUAUGAGUCCUACCUGGACUGUGAGCUGACCAAGUUUCUGCUGGACCGGGCACUGGCCAACCGCAAGAUCGGUCACUUCCUCUUCUGGCACCUCCGCUCCGAGAUGCAUGUUCCAUCGGUGGCCCUGCGCUUCGGCCUCAUCAUGGAGGCCUACUGCAGGGGCAGCACCCACCACAUGAAGGUGCUGAUGAAGCAGGGGGAAGCACUGAGCAAGCUGAAGGCCCUGAAUGAUUUUGUCAAAGUGAGCUCCCAGAAGACCACCAAGCCGCAAACCAAGGAGAUGAUGCAUGUGUGCAUGCGUCAGGAGACCUACCUGGAGGCUCUCUCCCACCUGCAGUCCCCACUCGACCCCAGCACGCUGCUGGCUGACGUCUGCAGUGUGGAGCAGUGCACCUUCAUGGACUCCAAGAUGAAGCCCCUAUGGAUCAUGUACAGCAAUGAGGAGGCGGGCAGUGAGGGCAGCGUGGGCAUCAUCUUCAAGAAUGGGGAUGAUCUCCGCCAGGACAUGCUGACUCUGCAAAUGAUCCAGCUCAUGGACGUUCUGUGGAAGCAGGAGGGGCUGGACCUGAGGAUGACCCCCUAUGGCUGCCUCUCCACCGGGGACCGCACAGGCCUCAUCGAAGUAGUGCUCCACUCAGACACCAUCGCCAACAUCCAGCUAAACAAGAGCAACAUGGCAGCCACAGCUGCCUUUAACAAGGAUGCCCUGCUCAACUGGCUCAAGUCCAAGAACCCAGGGGAGGCCCUGGACCGAGCCAUCGAGGAGUUCACCCUUUCCUGUGCUGGCUACUGUGUGGCCACCUAUGUGCUGGGCAUCGGCGAUCGGCACAGUGACAACAUCAUGAUCCGUGAAAGUGGGCAGCUGUUCCACAUUGAUUUUGGCCACUUUCUGGGGAAUUUCAAGACCAAGUUUGGAAUCAACCGUGAACGAGUCCCAUUCAUCCUCACCUAUGACUUUGUCCAUGUGAUUCAGCAGGGGAAGACGAACAACAAUGAGAAGUUUGAAAGGUUCCGAGGCUACUGUGAGAAAGCCUACACCAUCCUGCGGCGCCACGGGCUGCUCUUUCUCCACCUCUUUGCUCUCAUGAGGGCAGCAGGCCUGCCUGAACUCAGCUGCUCAAAAGACAUCCAGUAUCUCAAGGACUCCCUGGCAUUGGGGAAAACGGAGGAGGAAGCACUCAAGCACUUCCGGGUCAAGUUUAAUGAAGCCCUGCGGGAGAGCUGGAAAACCAAAGUGAACUGGUUGGCCCACAAUGUGUCUAAAGACAACAGGCAGUAGCGGCCCCUCUGGCCCCGCAUGCUGGUGGCGCCUAGCCCUUGUGCCAGGAGCAGAGGCGAUCUUUAUCCCAAAGGCCUGAACUGCACCUCAUGAGAAAGAACCUACACAAUUGCCUUUUGUUUACACUGGACGAAAUACUUGCGGUUAUUUAUUUAUGACUUGAAAUGCUGAAGGGACUUCACAGCCAUAAAAGCAAAGGCAGCCUUUGAGCCUGGUGGGGAGGAAUACGGGGUGCCCCCAGGCUGCCCCUCGGUGGAGGGUCGCAGCCCCAAGUCUUCCAGCUGGUGAUCUGGGCCCAGCCCGACUCCUCUCCUCCUGGGAGCUGCCCGGCUGCAGGGGUGUCGGCUCCAGCAGUCACCUGGUGCCUACUGUCCAGAGAGGCACCCCAGUCCUCAGCCCUCCUCCUGCCACCUCUGUGCUGCCGAGCCCUGCCCGUCCCCCACUGACUGUGAUUUGUGGUGGCCACCUCCAAGGACGCCCGGUGCCCUGAGAUUCAGGGAUGAUGCCACACUUCGCUUUUAAAGUAACUCUUGGGCCCGGGGAUCCUCUCAUCUCUGCUGUAAAGCCAUUUUGUGUGCAGUAAGAAAUACAGCCAAACUCCUUACUGAACCUCCAUGGCUAGGGGAAGUUGACCCGGCCCCCACAAAGUAUAAUAUAUAUGCGGGUCCUCAAGAUGUGUUAAAAAGUGUUUAAAAAAAAAAAAAAAAAAAAAAGAGUUGAGCUU